AUGCAGCUAUUCGACACCGCCAGCCGCGGUCCGUUGGGCUCUUUAUUCAUCCUUCUCGAGCACAAGGGCCAGUCUCUGGUGUCUCUCGGCGCACUGGUUAUCGUGCUCGCGCUGAUCUUCGACCCUUUCAUGCAGCAGCUGCUCAGGUAUCCCGUGCGGGAAAUCGAGUUUGUGAAUUCCAGCAGUGCGGCUGCGCCGCAGACCGUCGUUCUUCUCCCGGAGUAUCUAACCGCUGAUCCUCGAUCGAUUAUGUAUACGGGGAUCUGGUCCGAGGACUUUGAAUACAAUGGCUCGUCCGGCUUCUCUGAAUGGGGGCCGUCAGACAUUCCAGAAACCUACGGGAAGCCUGACAAUGGGGCAAUCCUCAAGACGCCGAUUCUCGAUCGGAUCGCGACGGUUGGUCUCGAGACUGUUGUACAAAAUAUUGCGGCCUCGUUUACAAAGGCCGGGCUUACUUCUAGAACCAAUGCCACUGCUGCUGCUUCGGCUGCUUCAGCCAACACGGCAACGAUUCGAGGCACAGUGCGCUUAACAGAGAUCUACGUAUCCGUGCGGUGGCUCUGGCUCGUCUUCCCAUCUGCACUGGUGGCGCUGGGUCUUGUAUUUCUGGGUCUGACAAUGUUGACCAACGGGCGGCGAGGUCUAAGGCUGUGGAAGUCAUCUAUUCUGGCGAUCCUUUUCCAUGGACUUGAGGGAUUUAUGGGUGAAGAUGAGGAUGAGGAUGAUAGGUUUGCGACUGAUAGUCGGAUGGAUCGGGCGGCGCGGGGGAUGGAGGUUAGCCUGGAGGUUGUGGAGAGGCGGAAGGGACUCGUUCUGAACUGCUCUUGUGUGUCAUAUGGUCUCGAGUGA